AUGAAGACGUGGUGGUCGCUGGCAAGUUCAAUUGAAUUUCCGCUGAUCAGGGGCGUUCAUCUCAAUUCUGCCAUUCUGAGCUUUCUUUCCGUUCUACCUUUAGGUUCCAUUCAUCUUUUCUCCAUUCAAGGCUUCAAGGCUUCUCGGCGUCGUAUGCAACGACGUGGAAGAGGACAAGCUCACAUUUCACCUCCAGUGCAGCACCUCACAAUGGGCUCAGACUUGGAAAAGUCCUCGAGAUUCGGCCAGCGAAGUCUCGGCGUCACGAAUCGGAUAUGGGUUCUCCUCAUCAUCCUCAUUUGCAUCCUCUCCUUCACGCAUUUCAUCUGGCCGACGAUUGGAAGCACGACGGUGGUGCAAAACUACUCCAAUGCCGACCUCAAAGCGAAGAAUUACUUCAAUACAACCGAAGCAGGGCCAAACCCAUUCGCGUUCUGCCCUGUGUAUGGACCCGGGGAUGAGCUGGGAGCCAAGUACGGCGCGCUGGCGCUUUCGAAGAGCAGACUUCACCUUGGGAGUGGCGGCCGCGUUCAGCGAGUUCUCAACAGGGCGCUAGCUGGCCAACCAGUGACCAUCAGCGUUCUUGGAGGCUCGAUAUCUGCUUGCCACGGUGCCGGGGACGAUCCUAUAUCGCCCAAAUGCUACCCAUCCAAGUUCUUCCAAUGGUGGAACUCUGUCUUCCCCCAUCCUGCUUCGGAACUCACAAAUGGCGCUAUGAGACGCACCAAUUCGGGUUACUUUGGCUUUUGCCACUCCCACCAUCUGCCAGAUGUCACAGACCUCGUCAUCGUCGAACUCGACACGGAAGACCCACCUGGUCAAGAGAUGAUGGAGAACUUUGAAAUUCUCAUCCGUUCUAUCCUCCUUCGCCCCGAUCAGCCAGCAGUCGUUAUCCUCGGCCAUUUCAGCCCACAAGUCCACCACGCUCAUGGCUUUGCAGGACCAGACCACUGGCACAGUAUCGUCGCCCAAUUCUACGACGUUCCACACAUCAGCAUUAAAUCAGCCUUGUUCCCCGACUACAUGAAGGACACGAAGCUCAUUAACAAGUACUACACCGACCCAAUUCUCGCCAACCCGCUAGGUCACGACAUCAUCUCGGAAAUUCUUAUCGCAUACAUGCAGUCGCAAAUCUGCACAGCCUGGUCCGUUGCCCAUGGCGCUGCUUUCGACUCGGUGCCUGUCCAUACCCCAGGGGAGUCUGGCGACACGCCAGGGCUGUUUGGUGGUGUCGGGCAGAGGAAGGGUGUUCCAGAACCCAAGAAGAAGAACGAGGACGACGAGAACAACAGGAAAGCAGGAUCAACACUCGGCCCAACUCGAACCGUGCCUACGAAGAAGCUUGCACCCUUCUGUGUUUCCGCGAACGAUCUUAUCAACCCACUGCCGCCUUCCCUUUUCUACGGCUCAGGAUGGUUCGCAUACCACCCAUCAGGAUCAGGCCGUUCUGCACUUAAGACGGCUGCUCACUAUUGGUAUUCGACGCUGCCGACGAGCAAGCUUCGCAUUCCGAUCCAGGUUGGCGCCGGCGACAUUGGGAUUUACUAUGUGAAGGAGCCAGUAUCACAGGUGGGAGAAGGAAGUGCAGUUGAGUGUUGGGUGGACGACAACUACGGCGGGGCGAAGGUGAUCGAGAACGCGGCGGACGUGGGGGAGCCGACACCUGCACUGGAGAUUAUCGACCACUAUGUCUCACGAGGCUCGCACUACGUCGAAUGUCAGCUAAGCGGCGAGGAAGGACAAGGCGUUCCUUCAUUCAAGAUCAUCGGCAUCUUCGCUACAUAG